UCAAUGGGAAACAUACAUGUGUCCAGACAAGGCUAGCAGCAGCAGCGACGCGUCAGACACGUGACUGGUGUGCAAAGACCAAAAAUCCACGUAGCACACCACGCUCACACCACGCAGGCAGUGUGUAACCGGCCUUACUGAAUGCCAGAGUGACUCGCUGAGCAAAUUCAAAUUGUGCUCUCGCGAGAACUCUGCAUUUCCAGGGUAGAUGUUUCGGCCCUCUGGGGGUAAAUCUGAGGGGUCUUAAGACGAUUAACACGUUUGAAAUAAGAUUUUUUGUCUUACUUAUUUUCUCUUACUUUUCUCUCCUCUAAUCUUUGCUUCUUUUAUUACGAAAAACUUAAACAUUUUCUCCUCUUCAUACUUCUAAAAACUCUCCAAAUGAAACAAUCUAAAAAGGGAACAUCAUCAUCUUUUGGUCUGGCUAACCCUAACUGCUCGCAACUCAGAGACAUGCAAUGCAACCUGGGACAAGGCCAAGCAGUCACAAGUAGACAUUUGUUUUUAAGAGUCAUAAGCCAAAAAGGCUGGGAACCUCUGGUUUGGGGAAUGUUAGCUUGACGGUUUAUUCGCCUUAAAACAUAAUUGAUCUUCUGGCACUUACACUGCAAGUGCCAGAAGAUCAAUUAUGGAGGUUUGGAAAAAUAAAUUAUUAGAAAAUAAACAAACUUAGAAGUGGCCUUCCUCCAACAUCCACUUGUUAGAUCUAAACAUACGGUCACACAAACAGGCAAACACAAACAGCCUGCAUCUUCAGACUGGGAAUAUCUUGCCAUGAUCUAAAUAGUAUUUAGGCUACUGAUUUGUUGUUUUGAUGGUAGCUCAUUAAUAACAAACAAUAUAAAACACAAGUUUCAACCAGUAGAUUAUUUCACAUAUUGACUGUUGUGCUAGAUUGGCCUUCCGAUAGAAAAUGAAAAUGAAGGGAAACAGUGCAGAUAUUUCAAGCUUGAAGACAUGCAGGAUGAAGAGAUGAUAAGAGAAAUAGUAAUAAAAGAAAGAGAGGAAGUGACAGGCAGGAUAACAUAAAAAGACAUAUAAAACAUAUAAAACAAACAGACGGAGGCAAGAGGUUUAUGAAAUGAGAGAAAGAGAAGGAGUGAGGGAUGAAGAGCUGAGUGAAAAAGAUGAGACAGAAUCGGAGAGGGACAGAAACUAUGGAGAGACCAAAUCCAGCAGGACCUCAUUGUAAGUUUAUAUAAAGUCCAGUACAGUGACUUACCAUAUCUCUCUCAGUAAAAAAACCCAACAUGUUUUACUUAUUGGUUAUUUUCUGUUGUCAUUUAGCUGCAGUAUGUAUUUUCAUUCGGGGAUCCCCACCCACCACCCUCCCAUGCCACCCUGCCAAAACCUUCUGCCACCCAAUAUAAACAUUUCUAGAUCUGCCACUUCUGUAUUCUGAUUCAUCGCUUUGUAAAAUGUAUCCAUUCAGACUCUGAAUUAACACUGGUUGGCUGUAUUGUUGGUGUGUCUUUGAUUGUUUUAAUUUCUUGUUACGACGGCACCCAAGUGCUGUAACGCGAUCUUUUAGACCCAUCCGCUCCCCCUCCUAAAAUAACUCCUUCCCACAGCCACAUUUAACACACUCACACACACAAGGAAUAAAAGGCACUGUACCACUUUAGCACUCCUGCUGCUCUAAGUCAGUGUCAAACACUGGGUCUAUCUGUGUGUGCGCACGUGUGUGUGUUUGCCUCUCUAUGAGUUCUCAUAAGCCAACUCAGCUCUGAGGGACAUUGUGAUUAAGCGGUUGAAGUGAUCUCAUUGACAUUUCAGAUUAGCACUCUCUACAGGGCUCCCCUGCCUUGUCUCCCUGCAAGGGUCUCUGUCACUGAUAUAGGAUUAAGAUAGCACUUUAAGUGAGGAUGAUGAUGGUCAGCGACGACUGUUUGGUGGAGUGUAAGAUUGAUGAUGAUGACAGUGAUGCGGACAAUGGAGGAGAAGAACAAAUAAACACGCCUCCUCCUCCUCCAGAGUUUGCAUCCAAAGCCGCGACUCCAGUGCCCAAACCUCCGACCCCUCCCACAGCCCCUGCUACGCCUUUGCCCACCUGUCCUGUCAACAGGGACCCUUAUGGCAUCAACCAGCACCUCAAGGUGGAGGUCAGUGACGUUCUGGCAGAGCCCGUUACACCUCGCAGCAUUGACCAAGUGUGGCUUUACAGUGUUGUUGGUUUCGAGAGGGCACGUAUCUGGACGUACCGCUGCCUCUCCUUGCUGCUUGCUGUGCCCUUGGCUCUUCUGUGUGGUAUUUCCCUGGCCAUUCUUGCCUGUCUACAUGUCUGGUUUGUGGUACCUUGCGUACAGCUGAGCAACACCUUCCUUCCAUGCCUGCGCUCCUUGUGUAUGUGUACUGUGAAUACUUUUAUCUCUCCCUUCUGUACGUCUCUUGCUCUCUGCUGCAGUCAAAUCGCCAUUUCACUGUCGAACAAGGACUGGCACCAAAUGAAAGACAAAGAGAAUGUAUGAAUGUGAGACAUAACAAGUGAGUGAGUGAGUGAGUGAGUGAGUGAGUGGGGGUGAGUGAGUGAGUGAGUGAGUGAGUGAG